AUGGAAUUUACUUUUGGACUUUCUCAACAAUCAGGAGUUGAACAAAGUGAGUAUGGCUUUGAGCCAAAUUGUCCGUGGAACAUUUCAAAUCUGUUCUGGGUCCUCAAUGGUACUCCCCGCAAGUAUUCCUUCGUCACCUGGUUUGCAGCUCUUCUAAACUACCAGUGUGCGCCUCAACAAUCUCAAGCCAUGCUGGGUGCGUGGGAAACUGUUGGCGAAGAAGCGAUUAUCUGCGGAAAACAAUUCUUGACCUCUGCUUUUCUCCCUGCAACUGCAAACUCGACUAUUCUAUCUCUUGUCCCAAAGUUCCCAGGCGCCUCUAGAAUCUCCGACUUUCGCCCCAUCUCGUGUCUCAACACAGUCUACAAAGUCAUAUCUUGUCUGCUGGUUGCAAGGCUAAAACCGAUCCUUCAGCACCUAGUCCUGCCAUGUCAAACAUCUUUUGUUAAAGACCGUCUCCUAGUAGAGAAUACUAUCUUAGCAAGUGAACUCAUACAUGGCUAUCAUAAGAACAAAGGCCCCAAGAAGAUUACCAUCAAGGUGGACAUUGCCAAAACUUUUGAUACAUUGUCUUGGGAGUUCCUCUUCUCCUGCCUUGAAGGAUUGAACCUGCCUCGUCACUUCCUCUCUCUGCUCAAAGCAUGCGUGUGUAAAACUAGCUUUAUGAUUGGCUAUAAUGGUACAGUAACUGGAUACUUCAAAGGCAAAAGGGGCCUUAGACAAGGUGACCCCUUAUCGCCAUACUUGUUUGUGAUUGGAAUCAACUGCCUCUCAUUCAUGCUAAACGAAGCAGCAUCACAAGGAAGAUCCUUGGAGUCUGUUCAGACGGUGCUACAGGUCCUCCAUGAGGUUGAGAAGCGGUCGGGAAUAGCGGUGAGCUACCAGAAGACAAGUUUUUAUGCGCCAGGUAUGAGUGCACAAGAAAUAGAUACAAUUCAAGCUUCAACAGGUAUGACUUGUGAUACUUUACCUGUGCACUACUUAGGAGUCCCCUUAAACUCAAGAAAGCUCAAUCUCACCAACUUUGAGCCGUUAAUCCAUCAGAUAAAGAAAAGACUCUCUUCAUGGUCAGUUAAGUCUCUUUCCUUCUCAGGAAGACUACUUCUGAUCAAGACGGUCAUCUCGGGGAUAACAACCUUCUGGUGCUCGGCCUUCAUCCUGCCAAAAGCAUGUAUCAAGAGAAUCAAUUCUCUUUGUAGUGUAUUCUUGUGGAAAGGAGAUAUUGAGAGUCAUAACUCAAAGAGAGUAGCUUGGGACACGGUGACACUUACUAAAAGUCAAGGAGGCUUAGGGAUCAAAGAUCUAAACACUUGGAACACUGCCUGUUGUCUUAAACUCAUCUGGAUGUUGUUCUUCCGUGCAGGUUCAGGCUGGGUUGCCUGGUUUAAAGAAGUGGUUUUAGAAGGAUCAAUUCACAAUUACUGGACUACAAAACCUAGUACCUCUUUCUCUUGGCUUGCGAACAAACUGCUGAAGCUUAAGACUAUUGUAUAUCCGCUGAUCAAACUGAGAUUGCAGAAUGGCACAUCAGCAAGGUUCUGGACUGAUAAUUGGACUCCAUUCGGUAGUCUAACAACCUUCCUCAACAACUCUUCCUCCAGGCUUGGCAUCCCUGCAGUAGCUACGGUUGCUUCACUCUCUCGGAAUGGAAUGUGGCAGCUCCCUUCAGCGAGAACAGAACAACAACGGCAUCUUCUCAUAUACCUAACAACAUUUACACUUAAUCAGGAACAAGACUAUUAUGACUGGGAGUUGGCAGGCAAGACUUUCAGUAAGUACAGUACAAGAGAUGUCUACACUUACCUUCGUGGAGAGAUAGCUGAAGUCAAUUGGUCAAAGUCAAUCUGGUCUUCUUAUGAAAUCCCUAGAUACUCUUUCCUCGCUUGGCUAGUAAUCAACAACAGAUGCCCCACUCGUGAUAGGCUUAUCGGCUGGGGAAUUCAUGCCGGGAUCAGGUCGAGCUCGCCGGGCGAGCCGACUCGCGUGACGGCCGUACUCGCCGGCGAACACAACCACGCGACGGUUCAGCUCGCCGGCAAGAUAACCGGCGCGAUGGCUGAGCUCGCCGGGCGAGUGCAACCACACGACGGUUCAGCUCGCCGGGCGAGUGCAACCACACGACGGUUCAGCUCGCCGGCGAGCUGA